ACUUGGUUUUCCCACAAUGCAGUGCGCUUCUGUCAUGGCUGCUCACUGACACUACUUGCACCACAUGGGUGGAAAUAAACAUCAGCUGUGUGUCUUGUAGGAGCCGAACGGUGAGGUUUUCGUGUGUCUAUGGGUCGGUGUCCUCCGUCAUGCUGCCGGACGUCGAGCUGUGCGUUCUCCGUGGCUUUUUCACGGCCACUGAGGCGGCGGAAUGGAAGCAGAAUAUCACUUCUGAAGAGGUGGGCUCACUGCUGCAGUCUUUGAUGGAGGGAGACUUCAAGGCUGUUCUGCUAAGCCCCCAGGUUUUAGAUCUGCUGACUGGAGAUAUUACCUGCAACAGUGGGGAGAACAUCGAGGACUUCCUGGAGAGAAGGGUCUUGCUGUACUUGAACACUGUUCCCAAUGACAAUGCAGCUACCAGGGAGGUGGUGCUGAUGGUCGUUGCUGUUGCUUGUCUCCAUAUGUUUGCUCAGAGUAACUGGACCGGUCCUCCAAUCACUUUCAGUGUCCCAGACUUGCUGCCCACUGGUCUCCUCUCUUCUCAGCCAGAAAACCUGGAUGAGGCUUUCCAGGCAAGUUUGCUUCUGGACGGAGAGUCAGUCUACAGCCUGGUGGUGAACCCCUUCCUUCUCCUGCUGGCCAGAGUGAUUCUGGUCAAAUGCUUCAAGAAGAUGGACAGUCUCCAGUUUGUCUCCUGGUGGACUUUACGUUACAUCAGCCUGCACCAGCAAAUCUUGGAGGCACGUUCUGCACAGCUCCUCAGCUUGGCACAGAUCUGCAUGGACAGUGGUAAGGAUGUGUUGCUGAAGCUGUGCAAAGCAAACUGAAAGUGUUUUGUUCUAACAAAUAAUGGGAAC